ACCGAGUUAUAAUAUAAUCCAAUUCCUGAAUCGGAGUGAGUAGAAAUUGUGUCUCUCCCCUCUUUUCGAUCAUCAACAAAAGCAAAAUGGAUCAUACCAUAACCUAAUUUUAGAAACAUUUUUCAUAAAUCCUCUUCUUUUUCUCUAUUUUCUUUCCAAUUUCACAACCUCAGAUCUGUGACCAAAUGAAGAAAUCUGUUAAUCUCAAACCCUAACACAUUCAUCUUCAUCAGAUCGAUGAAACUGCAAAAUCUCACUCUAACAACAACAAUGUCGUCGAAUUCGGACCACCAGACUCAUCACCACCGCUCCUUUGGAUCUAAUCAGCAACCACAAUCAACGCCCGUCAUUCUUCCACCGCCCUGCGUCCACUUGACGGAGUUUAAAGCCGAUACAGGUACGACGUCGUUCACCAACUUGUUACAACGCCUUCGGGUGAAACCGUUGGGACGCGCGUCCGUACGGAGUGAAGCCGGUCAGGUUUUCCGCUGUGGCGCGUGUGGUCACGCGCCACCGCGGAUCUACGCGUGUGUGACGUGUGAUGCGGUUGUUUGUGACGUGCACGCGCCGGAUCACGUACAUCAGAUUGUGAUUGAUGUGGAUCGAGCGGAGUUGUUUUGUAGCGCGUGUGGGGACCAGGUGUACGAUCGUGACUUUGAUUCCGCUGUCGUGUUGGCGCAGACGGCGGCGGCGACGUUAGGUGGUUGUAACUCGCUUCACGCGCUACCGCCGGAGAGUUUGAGGAAGCGGCGGCGCGUGGAUUACCGUCCGUGGACGCCGGAUUCACGAGAGCGUGCAUUGCUAGGGUUACACUCAAGUUUGUUGUCUGGAAACAAUGAAGAACGAAAUAAUGAAGAUACAAACUUUCCGUUGGGAUUGAAAGGAUUAAACAAUUUAGGAAACACCUGUUUUAUGAACUCUGUAUUGCAGGCUUUGUUGCACACGCCUCCGUUGCGAAAUUAUUUCUUAAGUGACCGGCAUAACCGGUUCGUUUGCCAGCAGAAGAAUGGUGUUAGUUGUAAUAAGAAUGAUAGGAAGAGUAAAAUUGUACAGAGGCUGUGUUUGGCAUGUGAUACGGAUGCGUUGUUUUCGGCUGUGUUUUCGGGUGACCGGAAGCCAUAUAGCCCCGCAAAGUUCUUGUACAGCUGGUGGCAGCAUGCGGGAAACCUGGCGAGUUAUGAACAGCAGGAUGCUCAUGAGUUUUUCAUUUCCAUGCUUGAUGGGAUCCAUGAGAAGGUGGAUAAAGACGAGCGUAAACAUCACAGUCAAGGUAGUGGAGACUGCUGUAUCGCGCAUAGAGUAUUCUCCGGAAUAUUGCGGUCGGAUGUCAUGUGCACAGCAUGUGGUUUUACUUCCACCACAUAUGAUCCUUGCGUAGACAUCUCACUUGAUUUGGUACCCAACCACGAAGGCCCCAGAAAACCAUCCUCCAAAACCCUUAAUUCUUGCAACGGGAACACAGAAACUGUAAACCCGGGGGUGUCUACACUACUUGGGUGUUUGGACCGGUUCACAAGACCAGAAAGAUUAGGUUCUGACCAGAAGUUUUUCUGCCAACAUUGUCAAGUGAGACAGGAAUCCCUUAAACAAAUGUCGAUACGCAAACUCCCAUUGGUUUCUUGUUUUCACAUAAAAAGAUUUGAACACUCUCCAAUCAGAAACAUGUCAAGGAAAGUUGACCGCUACAUGCAGUUUCCGUUUUCAUUAGACAUGUCUCCUUAUCUCUCAUCGUCUAUUUUAAGAAGUCGAUUUGGAAACCGUAUAUUUGGGUUUGACGGGGACGGUAAUGGUAGCGCUAACGACCCGGAUUGUUCAAACGAAUCGACUUCAGAAUUUGAGUUGUUUGCUGUUGUGACCCAUAGUGGGAAACUAGAUGCUGGACAUUAUUCGACUUAUUUGAGGUUGAGUAACCAAUGGUACAAGUGUGAUGAUGCAUGGGUGACUCAAGUGAGUGAGAAUAUUGUGAGGGCUGCACAAGGUUACAUGAUGUUUUAUGUUCAGAAAAUGCUUUAUUACAAGGCCAGUGGUACCUCAUGAGAGAAACAAACUGUUUUUUU